AUGGAACAUGAUUGUUGGAAGUUUGUGCAAAAGUGUCGUAAAUAUCAAGUGCAUGGAGAUUUGAUUCGGGUGCCGCCACAUGAACUCAAUGCUAUGAGUUCACUUUGGCCGUUUGUAGCUUGGGGCAUGGAUGUCAUUGGUCCAAUAGAGCCAGCAGCCUCUAACGGACACAUAUUCAUUUUGGUUGCUAUUGACUACUUCACCAAGUGGGUGGAAGCAGCUUCGUACAAGUCGGUAACCAAGAAAGUUUUAGCUGAUUUUGUUCGCAACAAUUUGAUAUGUAGGUUUGGACUACCGGAAUCCAUCAUUACUGAUAAUGGAGUGAAUCUCAACAGUCAUUUGAUGAGAGAGAUAUGUGAAAAAUUCAAGAUUACUCACGGGAACUCAACUGCCUAUCGUCCCCAAAUGAAUGGAGCUGUAGAAGCCGCCAACAAGAACAUAAAGAAGAUUUUGAGGAAAAUGAUUGAUAAUCGCAGAGGUUGGCAUGAGAUGCUUCCAUAUGCUUUAUUAGGUUACCGAACGACUGUCAGAACAUCAGUUGGAGCUACUCCAUAUUUGCUAGUAUAUGGAACAGAGGCAGUUAUACCCGCAGAAGUUGAAAUACCUUCAUUGAGAAUCAUCCAAGAAGCUGAAUUGAGUGAUGCUGAAUGGGUUCGCAAGCGGAUUGAUCAAUUAACAUUGAUCGAUGAGAAGAUAAUGGUUGUUGUUUGUCAUGGACAACUGUAUCGACAGAGAAUGAUUCGUGCCUUCCACAAGAAAGUUAAAGCCAGAAUGUUUGAGAUUGGUCAGUUGGUUCUCAAACGUAUUUUCCCUCACCAGGAUGAAUAUAAAGGAAAAUUUGCACCAAAUUGGCAAGGACCCUUCAUGGUUCGGAAAGUAUUAUCUGGAGGUGCCUUGGUCCUAUCGGAGAUGGAUGGCACUGAGUGGCUAAAACCGAUCAACUCAAAUGUUGUCAAGAGAUACUAUGUGUGA